UGACAAUGCUCGUGAGAUGAAGAUAGCGCUGCUGCUGCUUCUGAGCUCAAGGAGGACGCGAGGAAUCUACAAGCCGACAAGAUGAGAUCCAAGGCGAGGGCGAGAAAACUGGCCAAAAAUGACAGCGAGGCAGUAGACAGCAUGUACGACACAGAACCCAAUCUUGUUACCGGUGAGAGCGCGGAAGAGGAGACAGAAGACAGCAUCAUGUCCCCAGUUGCGGUGGGUCCCGCAUCCCCUCAGCCCUGCAACGAGGACUUCACUCCUAAAGAGGGCUCACCCUAUGAGGUGCCCGUCUACAUUCCCGAUGAUAUUCCCAUCCCUGCUGACCUGGAGCUCCGCGAGUCGUCCGUUCCAGGUGCUGGCCUCGGAAUCUGGGCUAAAGUCAAAAUUCGGAUGGGAGAGCGCUUCGGACCAUACAACGGACUGCAGAGUGCGACGGUAAAAGAGACCACUUAUGGAUGGGAGCAAAUGCUGAAUGAUCAUGAAACGUCGUCUCAAGACAGCUGUAUUAAAAAGGUAAUGGACAAUAUGGGCAAUGUGAAGUUCUGUCUGGACGGGGCUCUGGAGGCCAGUGGGAGCUGCUGGCUGAAAUACGUGCGCACUGCCCCUUCACAUCUAGAGCACAACCUGGCCAUGUGCCACAUCAGUGAAGAUCAGAUCUAUUAUAAAGCUAUUAGAGAUAUUGAAAUAGGGGAGGAGUUACUGGUUUACAUGAAGGACGGAGUUUUCCCCGAGGGCUCAAUGGCACCGAACCUGGAAGAUGAGCAAAUGUACCGCUGUGAACACUGUGAUGAGCUCUUCACGUCGAAGCUGGAGUUACGGCGGCACCAGAAAUACUCCUGCAGCAGCGGCAACUCCAUCUUUGACUCGCUAAGCGAAGACUUUAAGCAGGAGCGGGAAGACAGCGAUGAGCCGGUGCACGAGUGCAAAGACUGUGAAAAGAUCUUCCCUAGCGAGUACAGUCUUGGGCAGCAUAUGAUCGUACACACAGAAGAAAGAGAGUACAAGUGUGACCAGUGCCCCAAAGCUUUCAACUGGAAAUCCAACCUCAUUCGCCAUCAGAUGUCACAUGACAGUGGCAAGCGCUUUGAGUGUGAAAACUGUGAUAAGGUGGGUGAUAGUGUGUUCACAGACCCCAGCAACCUCCAACGCCACAUCCGCUCUCAGCACGUCGGUGCCCGAGCCCACACCUGCCCUGAGUGUGGCAAGACCUUUGCCACCUCCUCGGGCCUCAAGCAGCACAAGCACAUACACAGCAGUGUCAAGCCUUUCAGCUGUAAGUCUGAGCAGUCUUGUCUAAGCCUCAGAUACAAUUACCAGUGUCCAAAGACCUCCCGGCUAGCUCCACCCCAAGAUUGUGACAGCUGUUGUUUUAUAGGUGAGGUGUGUCACAAAUCGUAUACCCAGUUCUCUAACCUGUGCCGUCACAAACGGAUGCAUGCAGACUGCCGCACCCAGAUCAAGUGUAAAGACUGUGGGCAGAUGUUCAGCACUACCUCCUCCCUCAACAAGCACCGGCGCUUUUGCGAGGGAAAGAACCAUUAUAAUCCCGGAGGCAUAUUCACACCGGGCAUACCAAUGACAUCCAGUCCUAUUUUAGGCAAGUCCAAGUCUCAUCCUGGCUUGAACCAUAGUGGACUUGGCUUUGGUGAUUACUUCCCAUCCAGGCCACAUCAUGCAGGUUUACCCUUUUCCCCAGGACCACCUGCAUUCCCAGCCAUUUCCCAUGGAUUUCCAGGGAUCUUUCCCCCAUCACUAUAUCCUAGACCACCAUUGUUACCUCCUAGCUCACUUCUCAAGAGCCCACUUAAUAACAGUCAAGAUGGGAAACUGCCCCAUCUUGAUGCUCCUGCUCUUUCUGUCGCCUCGUCAAUGAACAACAGCAAUGGCAACAUAGGGAGUAGUCUCAGCAGCCAGUCGGAAGAAAAUCGAGAGUCCAAACUGGACUUGUCAUUUACAGAAAACAAGAAUAAAGUGAAGAUGAACGACAUGUCCGACGGUAGCGACUUGGAAGAUGUUAACACAUCCAGUGGCACAGAUCUAGACACCACCACUGGCACGGUGUCUGGCUCUGACCUAGAAAGUGAGGCAGAGAGCGACCGAGAAAAGAGUAGGAGGAAACCAGCACAGGAGAGCAAGCAGGAUGAAGUGAGCAGCAGUUCGGUAUCUGUCUCCAGUUCAGGGAACCUCCCUUGCGAGCGUCCUUUCCUCUCUUCCCAGCAUUCCUUUUUCCCACCACCAGAAGAGCAGGCACUUCCACCCUCCGGGGCCACCACUGACUCCAUUAAAGCCAUUGCCUCCAUUGCUGAAAAGUAUUUUGGCCCAGGCUUCAUGGGUUUGCAGGAGAAGAAGAUGGGCUCCUUAAAUUACCAUUCCAUGUUCCCCUUCCAGUUUCUGCCCAACUUCCCACAUUCCUUGUACCCAUUUACAGACAGAGCACUCAAUCCUGGCAUGUUCUUCAAACCUGAGCCUAAAUCCCCUCGUGAGCACAUACAGAAAUUACAUACGGCCACUGGUGCAGAUUCACCCUUUGACCUAACCACCAAACCCAAGGAGAUAAAGCCUCUUCCACCUCCCCCAAGUAAGCCAGCCUUGCCAUCCAAUGCUCUCUUGGCCUCCGGCGAGGAGCAACCUCUGGACCUCAGCAUAGGCAGUCGAAGCCGAGCCAGCCACAAUGGUGGCACACAUGAACAGCGCAAGAAUCACGUCUAUGGCACAAACUGCAAAGCAGCUAAAGAUGAACACCCAGCACUAAAUCAGAACUUGCACCAGCCCCAAAUGCCUCAGCAGCAUACAUCGCUCCCCCAGCCACCUGUUCCCCAGCAGCAGCCAUCGCUUCACUAUGCCAAGCCCUCGCCAUUCUUCAUGGACCCUAUUUACAGCAGGGUGGAAAAGAGGAAGUUAUUAGACCCAGUAGGAGCUCUGAAGGAGAAGUACCUGAGACCGACGCCACUACUUUUCCAUCCUCAGGUGUCUGCGAUGGAAAACAUGACUGAGAAGUUGGAAAGCUUUAGCGCUCUGAAACUGGAUGCUCCCAAUUCCCUCCAGCACUCCUCACACCACCUUUUUAACUUCCGCUCUCCGCCUCCCUCUCUUUCCGAUGCUAUCUUACGCAAAGGCAAGGAGCGAUACACCUGCAGGUACUGUGGGAAAAUCUUUCCCAGGUCAGCUAAUCUUACAAGGCACUUACGAACACACACAGGAGAACAACCCUACAGAUGUAAAUACUGUGACCGUUCAUUCAGCAUCUCCUCCAACCUCCAGCGACAUGUUCGUAACAUUCACAACAAGGAAAAGCCUUUCAAGUGCCACCUCUGCAAUCGCUGCUUCGGUCAACAGACCAAUCUGGACCGCCACUUAAAGAAACACGAACAUGAGAAUAUUCCAGUGAGUCAACAGUCUGGGAUCCUCUCGAAUUUAGGAACAAAUAUCUCCUCCCCCAACUCGGAGUCUGACAAUCAUGCACUUUUGGAUGAGAAGGAGGACUCGUAUUUCUCAGAGAUUAGGAACUUCAUCUCCAAUAGUGAGCUGAACCAGGCCUGUAGCUCCUCGGAGAAAAGGUCAGAGCUGGCGGAGGAAGAGCAUCCUCAGAGUCACACUCUCACUGCUUCUAAACUGGAGGAGGAGGAAGAGGAGAUGGAGGGCGACGAUGAAGAUGAAGAAGGCUCGUUGACAGAGAAGUCGCAGGAUGAAACAGCCUCUCCCGCCACUAUGGUGCAGGGCACUUACGACGAGGAUGAGGAGCCCACCCCUCUGCCUAUGUCUUAUGAACACACGCGCAGGUGUAUUGAGGAGGAUGCAGGCCUGUUAGAUCUGGAACCUCUGCCUGGUUUCCCAAAAGGCAUGGAAUUCCAUAAGGCCGCCGAGGAGCCCUAUGACAUUAAAGACAUUUUUAGCCCCUCGGUAGAGUCGGAGGCGCUGAAAGAAACACUUUUCAGGCAGGCUAAAACCCAGGCUUAUGCAAUGAUGCUCUCUUUAUCCGAGAACACCAAUCUGCAUUCAUCCUCCCAGAACUCCUUGGACGCCUGGCUCAACAUGGGAGGAGGGCCGUCGGAGGCGAGCUCCUUUCACCCCCUCAACAACAUCUGAGAACACGGCACGGAGGGAGAAGAAGGAGGAGGAGUUACAGACCAACACGAAGAUGCGUCAAAAAAGAGACGAUUCACCACUAUGCGCGAACGGAGGAGAACGUACUGUUGAGUGCGACAGACACAGGAACCAAUCAAUCGGGAGAGUUUCAUAACACGAAAUCGUCCAGUCCCAGCCAUACAGCAUCUAUCCGUCUGCAGCUUUACCCACUGUAGUGAUGUUCUCUCGCUACAUCAAGAGAGCUCCAACGCAUCUCCAAAAACCACCUCAUUUUCAAUGAUAUGCAUUUCACAGACUGCUCUCUUUUUGUUUCGUUUUCGUAACGCUCUCAGAGAAGAUGUGAGUGGACUGAUGUGUUUGUUCAACUUAAGCGCAUUCCAUUCUCGAGUUGAUUUUAUUACUAGGGUUUCCUUUACGCUAACUCCCAACCGAAGUCUUACAGUAGAUCAGCAUUGGCACUUACUGUACGUUUAUCCCACAGCUAGCAUGCUAACUAUUCCGCCCUGCAGUUCGCAAACGUUUAUGCUGGAUUUAGUUCGGUUUCGUCCCUAUCUGAAUCUACAUAGGAGAAAUCACGCAGCACGGUUGUUUCAUGUGUAUAGCAUCAUUGUAAUUAUUGUUGUUAUGGUAUUAAGUAUUUUAGCUGUAUACAGGCCUUUAGUCCCAACGGAAACGUUUGUUUUGAAGAGUUAAAUUAUUCUCCAAGUGGGGCAAUUGGAAAAUCUUUUUGUCUUCUUCUUCUUCUUGUUGGAUUCAGUAAUAUUUUGUUUUUUGGUAAGCAGUAUUGUUUCCUUUUUGAGCACAUCUGUGCUUAAAUGUUAAUAUAAAUCUUUAGUGAAGGACCAAAUUUGUACGAUAUUGUUGUAUGAUGUACAAACUAAGUUAACAGUCGGUAGCAGAGAGUGUUGUGUGCCAAAUAACCCCCUUUUUCUUUGACAAUCAUUUCGUUUUUUCCGAGUGGUCGCCUCCACUGUUGGUAGUUUCUUCCUUUUGUUUGGUUUCCUCUGUUGUUGCUACUUACAUUAAUGAGUGUUUGUCUUUUAUUUAUUUUGAUUCCUUUUUUUGAUUAAUGAAAAAAAAUGAAGAAAAAAACAUGUGUUACCCACUCUUUUGAAGGAUUGAAAUUACUGCAACAUCACGGAGCAAAAAAAUUCAGAAUUGUUCAAACUCUUCCUCCUGGAGAAAGUUGCCAAAAUCUGAAUUACAGAAGAAUGUGUUUUGUUUUUGAGCACAUAAAUGGUGAAGUCUGGUUUAUGAUGCGUCUGUUCAACCAUUUAGAAACGUAGGCACUGCGUGAUUCAAAUAAAUACAUACAUACAAAAUCUUAAACUAUCAGGUGACUCAAAUAGAUGGGCAUUAUAUGUUGAUAUUUUUACAUGAUUGAUCACUCUUUGCAGAGUCUUGAAAUCACAUUUGUUUUCUAAAUCUCAUUCGAAGAUUCAUCACCUCGUCCUAAAUAACAUAUCAAACUCUCAACUAUU